GUUAAAAAAGACUUGUGGUGGUUUAUAUAUAAAGGCGUUAAAGUAGUAACCCUAGAAAUCUCUCUCGCCUGUUGUUGCCGUUGCUGCUAUCUUUCGCCGUCGUCUCUUGAGAUUCUUGCGAAGAUGGUUCUCCAAAACGAUAUCGAUCUGCUUAACCCACCAGCUGAGCUUGAGAAGAGGAAGCACAAGCUCAAGCGUCUUGUCCAGUCUCCAAACUCCUUCUUCAUGGAUGUGAAGUGCCAAGGCUGCUUCAACAUUACUACAGUCUUCAGUCACUCGCAGACUGUUGUGGUGUGCGGAAACUGCCAGACAAUUCUGUGCCAGCCUACAGGAGGAAAGGCGAAGCUCACUGAAGGAUGCUCUUUCAGGAAAAAGGGAGAUUGAUUGAAACAAUCCUCAAAUCAAAUCAAGCCUUGUUACUUUUUCUUUCGUUGUUGUUAUGAAUGCUUGUUGGUGUUUGGGAUUUAUCUAGUUUACUACUACUAUUGAUGUCUGGAUUUUAUAAAAAGUUUUGGAUUUUAAGUUAAUUGUUUGAAGAAUUAAAA